AUUCUGGAUAACAGGUCCCAUACCUGUAUUAAGUUUUACAUUAGAUAUUGGUUUGACUAGGCAAACACUGGAUAUGAGCAUGGAGCUUUAUUUAUCUUCUUUCUAAUAAAAGACAUUUUUGAUAUUUUGUAUUACAGAACCAAAUGAUCAAAAGAAAAAUGAAUUACUUCAGAAGAAUGAAUUACUGAGUCCGAUUAUUUCAGCAGUUAACUUUGAUGGCAGACCGACGAAUUUUAAAAAUAAAGAAAAUGAUUUGCCCCCUGAAGCACCAGAAAAAGCUUCCAUGGUUCAGGGACUGCAAGACAAAAUGAAGAAGCUGAUUCAUACGGUAAAAGGCAAAUUCAGGAAAGAAAUACCAGUACCGGACACCACAGAUGUCUCAGCUACACCUGUAACAGACUCACCCGGAUUACUACAAAAGGGCAAAGCCAAAUUACAACAGAUUGCAGCGAAAGGCGAGUCUGCAAAGAAGAAAAUUACAGAUAUGAUAAGUGAUCUCAAGAACAUCAAUGGAGCUAAUGCAAAGAAGAAAUUAGCAGAUAUGAUGAGUGGUAUCGAGAACAGCACAGAUUCCAAAAUCCAGGAAAUCAAAGAUACAAUGACGAAGUUGCUUAAUACCAUUAAAAACAAAUUCAGCAAAGGUGAAAUAAAUACAGACCAACCAGUAGAAGAUAUGCUAACAGAAGCUUUUGAAAAUCUGGCAAAGCAAAGAAUAAUAAGCACAAAGAUUGUCUGCUCGCUUAUCCUGAUUUGUGUUGGAAUUAUCGUGUGUGUUGCUGUAUACAGAAUUUGCCACCGAAAGAUCGAAAAGGAUAAAGUAAGCAAAAUGGAGCAAGGCAAUUCAUAAUGACUCAAGACAAGAAAGCAACACGGUCUCCCACAGAUUCCUCUAUGAACAACUAGAAUGGAGUGAUCUCAUAAUCUUCAAGACAAAUCUUUCUAGGCUUAAGGAGCAUUUUUAGCAACACCGAACGUUCAUUUUCACCAAGAACAAUCAUUUUCACCAAGAACAAUAAUUAUAAGCAAUAUAAACAAUAUAUGCAGGUGCAUAUA